GACGGAAAAGCCCGACAGGCCUUACGUCGUACCAUUAGCGAUUAGGCUUUGACAAGUUGAAGCGCCACGUAAUUGGCCGGCCCAACCCAUUUCCAUUCCCUUCAGUCGCGGUUCUAAUUCCGCGGGGCGGUCGCUUCUUCUCCUUAUUCUCUGGUGGUUUUUGUUAGUUAGGGUUUCUCAGAACAGCAGCAGUCGAGUGAGGUUUUGAAGAAUCCUGAUCCCUCAACGCACACCAUCGGAGCAGAGGCAAAUAGGCAAUGGAUCCUUCAUCCCUCAAUACAGCUGAAGUGCAGCGUUUCCUCAAUCGGUACUUGGACUUGACCCUAAUCAUCAUGAAGCGUUUCCAGUCCAUGCACAGUAACAGAAACAAGUUCAAACAGAAGAAGAAGAAGAAGAAGAAGAAGAAGAAGAAGAAGAAGAAGAAGAAGAUGAUGAGGGAGAGAGAGAUGUAUCCUGUUCCCAUGCCUCCUAACGAUCCGUCUGCUACUGCUCAUCCCGGCGCCAGCGGCGAUGACGUUGAUGACCAGGACAAGGAUCGCCCCAGAGUUUAUCAGGCUUGGAAAGGGAGUAAUAUAUUUGUUUGCGGUGGAAGGCUUAUAUUUGGACCAGAUGCAAGAUCACUGGCCCUAACCAUGUUGCUGAUUGGUGCUCCUGCUGUUGUUUUCUGCAUCUUUGUGGGACGCAAGUUAAUGGACGAUUUCCCUCAUCAUUCAGGGAUAUCAAUACUCGCCAUCGUUUCUUUCUUAACUGCUCUCGUGAGUUCCUCUACUUGAUUACUCCAUUGUCUUAUGUUGUUUGAUUUGGAUUCAUCCCAAUUGAGAAUUAGAGUAGAUGUGAGAGAGGGUCAAAUAUAGUUGUGACCUACUGUUUGUCCAACUGAUGGAAGUGUUUCUUUUCCUUUUUACUCCAGGACUUGGUAUUUCUUCUAUUAACUUCAGGUAG